UUCCGCCGGGACCGCCGACAUGGGCCGCGUUCGCACCAAGACCGUGAAGAAGGCGGCACGGGUCAUCAUCGAGAAGUACUACACGCGGCUGGGCAACGACUUCCACACCAACAAGCGCGUGUGCGAGGAGAUCGCCAUCAUCCCCAGCAAGAAGCUCCGCAACAAGAUCGCGGGGUAUGUCACGCACCUGAUGAAGAGGAUUCAGAGGGGCCCGGUGCGGGGCAUCUCCAUCAAGCUGCAGGAGGAGGAGAGAGAAAGGAGGGAUAACUACGUCCCCGAGGUCUCAGCCCUGGACCAGGAGAUCAUUGAAGUUGAUCCUGACACCAAGGAAAUGCUGAAGCUCUUGGACUUCGGCAGCCUCUCCAACCUGCAGGUCACUCAGCCGACCGUGGGGAUGAAUUUCAAAACACCUCGUGGAGCUGUUUAAUCUACUUUGCUGUAAUAUUUUCAAUAAACCGGGACACCAAAAAAAAAAA